CGCCGCUGUCUCUUUAAGCGCUUUGGAGGGAGAGCGGAGGAAGCUCCCCCCACUCGGCGGCUGCCGAGCUCUGCAGGCCGGGGCUGGGCGCGGACUCGGCGCGGGGCUGCGCGUUGCCCGGGCCCCGGAGCGGCGCGCGCGGUUUUCCUGGAAUUGUAGCAGUGGCAUGGCUGUGCUAAGGAGCUUUUAUUAAACGUGAUUGGAGGCCUUUGGCAGGAUACAAACAGCUUGACUCUCGACAACACCAGGAAAGGACUCGUGGGUUGAAAGCUAAGGGUGACACAGCUGCACCAGCCCAGCAGCCAGCAUGGAUCAGAGUCUGCAUGGCGAUGUACAGGUGGAGUGCAUCCUCGUGUAUUCCUUUCUGAAGAACUGUCACAACUGUGAUUUCAGCAAAGAGCUGGAUUCUCUGAGAAACGAGGUGAUGGUUUCCCCAUCAAAAAACUUCCUCGCUGUUGAGUUUGAUGAUGGGGAGCUUCAAACAGAUGGGAAUCGGAGUGGCCGGUUCCAGAAUGGUGAGCCAGGUUCUGUGGUUGAUGAGGCCACUUUCCAGCUCAUCGGAGCUCGGCUUGCUGAGAUCGGGGACCAAGUGGCUAGGGAGAUCGAUCAGAGAGUAGUAAAUGAUCUAGUGCAGCAAUUUGUGAAUGAGAAUCUGUCCAAAGAGGAGAUAAUGAGGCGUCUGUCUAAUACAGUGGAGGGGCUCAUGAGAACCGUACCUUUGGAAAUGGAUCGGGAGAAAGCCAUGUUGGUGCUAGCAAUGGUUUUAGCCAGAACAGUAGCAAACAAAAUGCCAUCCCUUCUACACCGUGUCUUUAACACCACUGUGAAUUACAUCAACCAGAACCUCCACAAUUACGUCAUCAACCUGGGAUAACAAAGUUGAAUGAGAGCGGAGCCAGUCCCAUUGACUUUUGUGGAGAAGAUUGCUUUUUGAGUAUUUACUUUAAACAUUAAAACUUUGCUUUUUUUCCCCUCA